GCCCGUACAGGGGCUAUUAGCCUCCGUGACUUCCUUUUUAAGGUUCAAGUUCCGGGGGUCAGUACCCCCUACUGUGCCUAUAGCCAAGGGAAGGAAACUAUAGAGCACCUAGUCGUAUGGUGCCCGAACCCACCAAGAAGCCGAACGGACCUUGACCUCGUUUUGCGGGGUAUAGGGGCCCGUAACCAUCGUUUGGCAAGGAGGGUUCUACGGUGGCUAAUAGACCUAAGGAGGCUCCCGGAAUACUACCUUGUAGGAGGGCUAGACCGGGAA